UUCGCGCUCUGCCCGCCGCCGCGGCCGCUGCUCCGCUCCGCGCCGGGCCGGCCAGGCCGGACAGCCCCCGGCCAGGGCGGCGCCCCGGUGGGCACCGCGCCCCCGUGCUCCUCAUCGCCGCCCCGCGCGGGGGCGACUUCUCCGGAGGCGGGAGGCGCGCCGCCCUCGGCUGCUCGGCUCCCCACUCGGGCAAACUUCUCGGCCCUGAAUGACUUUUCCUGAAGCGGACUUUUUCCCUAAAUCGGGAGAGCGUGCUGGGCAGACGAUGCUGGACGCGAUGGAGGCGCCCGGCCACUCGAGGCAGCUGCUGCUGCAGCUCAACAACCAGCGCACCAAGGGCUUCUUGUGCGACGUGAUCAUCGUGGUGCAGAACGCCCUCUUCCGCGCGCACAAGAACGUGCUGGCGGCCAGCAGCGCCUACCUCAAGUCCCUGGUGGUGCACGACAACCUGCUGAACCUGGACCAUGACAUGGUGAGCCCGGCCGUGUUCCGCCUGGUGCUGGACUUCAUCUACACCGGCCGCCUGACGGACGGCGUGGAGGCGGCGGCGGCGGCCGUGGCCCCGGGGGCCGAGCCGAGCCUGGGCGCCGUGCUGGCCGCCGCCAGCUACCUGCAGAUCCCCGACCUCGUGGCCCUGUGCAAGAAGCGCCUCAAGCGCCACGGCAAGUACUGCCACCUGCGGGGCGGCGGCGGCGGCGGCGGCGGCUACGCGCCCUACGGGCGGCCGGGCCGGGGCCUGCGCGCCGCCACGCCCGUCAUCCAGGCCUGCUACCCGUCCCCGGCCGCGCCGCCGCCGCCGCCCGCCGCCGAGCCGCCGCCGGGCCCCGAGGCCGCCGUGGGCGCGCACUGCGCCGAGCUGUUCGCCGCGGGCCCCGGCCCGGCCGCCGCGCUCUGUGCCCCGGAGCGCCGCUGCUCCCCGCUCUGCGGCCUGGACCUGUCCAAGAAGAGCCCGCCCGGCCCCUCCGGCCCCGAGCGGGCGCUGGCCGAGCGCGACCUGCCGCCGCGCCCCGACAGCCCUCCCGGCGCGGGCCCCGCCGUCUACAAGGAGCCGCCGCUCGCCCUGCCGCCGCUGCCGCCCCUGCCCUUCCAGAAGCUGGAGGAGGCCGCGCCCACCCCGGACCCGUUCCGGGGGAGCGGCGGCAGCCCGGGACCCGAGCCCCCCGGCCGCCCCGACGGCCCCAGCCUCCUCUACCGCUGGAUGAAGCACGAGCCCGGCCUGGGCAGCUACGGCGACGAACUGGUCCGGGACCGGGGCUCCCCGGGCGAGCGCCUGGAGGAGCGCGGCGGGGACCCGGCCGCCUCCCCCGGGGGCCCCCCGCUCGGCCUCGUGCCCCCACCGCGCUACCCGGCCAGCCUGGACGGCCCGAGCGCGGGCGCCGACGGCGACGACUACAAGAGCAGCAGCGAGGAGACCGGCAGCAGCGAGGACCCCAGCCCGCCCGGCGGCCACCUGGAGGGCUUCCCGUGCCCGCACCUGGCCUACGGCGAGCCCGAGAGCUUCGGCGACAACCUCUACGUGUGCAUCCCCUGUGGCAAGGGCUUCCCCAGCUCCGAGCAGCUGAACGCGCACGUGGAGGCUCACGUGGAGGAGGAGGAGGCGCUGUACGGCAGGGCCGAGGCCGCCGAGGUGGCCGCGGGCGCCGCCGGCCUCGGGCCCCCCUUCGGCGGCGGGGCGGACAAGGUGGCCGGGGCGCCGGGCGGCCUGGGAGAACUGCUGCGGCCCUACCGCUGCGCGUCCUGCGACAAGAGCUACAAGGACCCGGCCACGCUGAGGCAGCACGAGAAGACGCACUGGCUCACGCGGCCCUACCCGUGCACCAUCUGCGGGAAGAAGUUCACGCAGCGCGGGACCAUGACGCGCCACAUGCGCAGCCACCUAGGCCUGAAGCCCUUCGCGUGCGACGCGUGCGGCAUGCGCUUCACCCGCCAGUACCGCCUCACAGAGCACAUGCGCAUCCACUCCGGGGAGAAGCCCUACGAGUGCCAGGUGUGCGGGGGCAAGUUCGCCCAGCAGCGCAACCUCAUCAGCCACAUGAAGAUGCACGCCGUGGGGGGCGCGGCCGGCGCGGCCGGGGCGCUGGCCGGCCUCGGGGCACUCCCGGGCGUCCCCGGCCCCGACGGCAAGGGCAAGCUCGACUUCCCGGAGGGCGUCUUCGCCGUGGCCCGCCUCACGGCGGAACAGCUGAGCCUGAAGCAGCAGGACAAGGCAGCUGCGGCCGAGCUGCUGGCGCAGACCACGCACUUCCUGCACGACCCCAAGGUGGCGCUCGAGAGCCUCUACCCGCUGGCCAAGUUCACAGCGGAGCUGGGGCUCAGCCCGGACAAGGCGGCAGAGGUGCUGAGCCAGAGCGCGCACCUGGCCGCCGGACCUGACGGCCGGACCAUCGACCGCUUCUCCCCGACCUAGAGCGCCCUGCGCGGGUGCGCCCGGGGCUGCCCGGCGGCGAGCGGCAGCGGCAGCGGCAGCACCGCAGUGGUGGCCCCACCGUUCUACGCCUCACCUGGCCUCACUGUUUCGUGCCUUAGCCCGGGGGAGCCAGUUUGGGGAAACCCCGGGACGGGGGUGGGAUAGGGGACGGGAGAUUUAUAUUUUUGAUAUCAGCUUUGACCAAAGGAGAACCCUGCCUCCCCCUGAGGUUCGUUAGCCCCCUUCCCCGGCUUCGUGCUGCUCUUGGGGGGAGGAGUGGCAUUUUUUCGGACGCUCCCAGCCCUACCUCCGGCCCUUGCGACCACACCCAUUCUCACUGUGAAUCUCCCCGCUGGGGUCGGAGCGUUGGGCACAGUUGGGUAGAGGGGAGGGGAUUGAGCCGGCCGGAGGGCCUCCCCGCCCCCCGCUCCUGCCCAGCCCGGGACUGAUAAUGUGAAGUUCCUCAUUUUGCACAAGUGGCACUAGCCCCAGGGCCAACCUUUCCCUUCCUCACCACCAAGGUGGGCAGCUCUGGAGCCAGGGGUGACAGCCCUGGCCCACCUGUCUCCUCUUCCGAGGUGUCCCCCCUCCUCUCCCUGGGGCCCCGACCAUAUUUAUUGCAUGCGCCCCAGGCGGCCCCUAUCCCGAGCCUAGCCUUAGCUGGGCUGGGGCCAGGUCUCCUUGGUUCCCGUCUGUCCCUUUUGUAUAUUCCCUAUCUGUACACAGGCUCUUCCAGGGCCGCUUCCAUUUUCUAUACUCAACCAAACAGCAAUAAAGCAGUAACCAAGGUCCCUCA